GCAAUAUUUAUUAAGUAAAAAGCUUGAAUAAACAUCCGGAAAGAACGUCGGCUCUCUUCUCCACUUGACCAAUUUCAUUGCGUUUGCGAUUAUUUUCUACAGAAAUCAGACAAAAAUAACGCAUUGUAACUUAAUUAACCAACAACUGUGAUCGCCAACAUCGGAAAAAGCAAACGUAAAGCACGAGCGGAAUUGGCAACUUUUCAGAAAAGUAGGCCGCGAGCAAACCCUCCCUAUCGCUCACCAACCAUUUCUCCCGUGCUUCAGCUUCAUACAAAAUUCUGUGAACCAAGUGCUCUUCGCCACAGCAGCAGCCACCAAGUGCAAAUUUCUUCGAUUUCGGACAAUCAAGCACAUCCAACCACUCAAAAGCAAUACCUAGUGCAUUAGAAACGUUCCCAAGUAGACGGACAACAGCAGCAGGGGCCUUCAAACGUCGCAAAGAUAAAAUCAUUUAAUACCGAAUACGUAUUGUGUUGAGACUUCAUAGCGCAUUACGAGAAGCAGAAGUAACCGAAGCCACUGUCGAUAGCUUAAGAGGACCCUAGCAAUGGUCAUGGAUGCGACCCAAUCGCAGCAGCCUUCACCGCAGUCGGUGGGACGCGAGUUCGUGCGUCAGUACUACACGCUUCUAAACAAGGCGCCCAACCACUUGCACCGCUUCUACAACAACCACUCGUCGUACAUCCACGGCGAGUCGAAGCUGGUUAUUGGCCAACGCGACAUCCACAAUCGCAUUCAGCAGCUGAACUUCAAUGACUGCCACGCCAAGAUCAGCCAGGUGGACGCGCAGGCUACGCUGGGCAACGGCGUCGUCGUCCAGGUGACUGGAGAGCUCUCCAAUGACGGUCAGCCAAUGCGCCGCUUCACCCAGACCUUCGUGCUGGCCGCUCAGUCGCCCAAGAAGUACUAUGUGCACAACGACAUCUUCCGCUACCAGGAUCUGUACAUCGAGGACGAGCAGGACGGUGAAUCGCGAUCGGAGAACGACGAAGAACACGAUGUGCAGGUGCAGGUGGGCACCUCUGUGGAUCAGGCCGUCCAGGUCGUGGGAGACGUGGCCCAGCCGGCACCACAACAGCUUCCUGCCCAGGCUCAGGUGGUGGUGGCCCAGCAGCAGCAGGUCGCUUCCGGAGCUGCCGGAGGUGUUGCGCCGCAGCAAAUCUUCUACCCUCUACCGGCUGGCGCCACCACUGGACGCCCUCAUGCUGUGUUGCCACCAGCCCUCCAGGCGGCCGCCGUGCCCUUGCCGGCCCAGUUUGCAGCUCAGCAACAGCCCAUCCAGAACGGAGUUGUGUCGCACGAGGAGCUGCAGCAACAGCAGGUGCCACCCCAGGCCUUAGUGACGCCCAGUGCCUCGCCUCUGGUGCAGCAGCAGCCGAAUAAUGUAGCGACAGUCUUGCCUUCGACAGUGGGCAUCGUGCCAGUGCUGUCCACGAGCUUCCAGCAGUCGCCUCUGGUGGCUCCUCAGCUCAUUCAACAGCAGCAGCAGCCGGCUCAGCUACCGCCACAGCAGCCCAUUCAGCAGCAGCCUCUGCAGCCGCUGGUGGAGCCCGAGGAACCCGUGAACACGACCAUCGUCAGCCAGAGCAUUAACGAGAUUCCACCUCGGCAGCAGCAGAAGCCCCCCACUCCCGUCGAGGACUUCAAAACGAUUCACGAGCAGCAGCAGCAGGAGAAGUACGAGGCGGCCAAACAGCAGCAGAACGAGCCCAAGACCUACGCCAAUCUAUUCAAGUCCACCUCCUCUUCGCCCAGCGGCUUCGUGAACGCUGUCCUGCAGCAACAGCAACAGCUUCAGCAGCAGCAGCAGUCGAUCAGCAACACGUACACGUCCUCAUCCGCAGGUGUCGGUAGUGGAAACGGCCAAGUGAGCUACUCGACCACAGCUUCCUCGUACAACAACACCAAUGGAAACUCGCGUCUGGAUAACGGCGGACCACUGCCCCAGCGGAAUAACUCGAUCAGGAACAACAAUAAGAGUGGUGACUUUGAACAGCGUCGUCCGAGCAAUUCUCAGCAAUUCGGUGACAAUCAACAGCUGUUUUUGGGCAACAUACCACAUCACGCAAGUGAGGAGGAGUUGCGUGAGCUAUUCUCGCGCUUCGGAAACGUGUUGGAGCUGCGCGUUCUGUCCAAGGCUGGCAACAAGGUGCCACCGGGCAUGCGCAGUCCCCUGAACUACGGCUUUCUUACCUAUGACGAUCCCGAGGCUGUGCAAAAGUGCCUGUCCAACUGCCCCCUGUACUUCCCUGAGAACUCGCCCGAUGGUCAAAAACUCAACGUGGAGGAGAAAAAACCUCGCAUUCGUAACGAUAUGGGCCCACGUCAAUCCAUCGGAGGCAAUAGCCUCAACAGCAACAUGGGUGGACGUCUGGGUGGGAAUAACGGACCACAAUCGCGACCAAUGGGCAAUAACAACAAUGGGACCGGUGGUAUAAUGCGCAACAACGCCGGCGGCGGUGGCAACAAUUUGCGCACUGGAGGAGGAGGAGGAGGUAACGGAGCCCCACGUCUGGGCGGCGGGGGCUUCGGGCCACGCAACGACAACCGAAGCGGCGGGGGUAGCAGUCAGUCCAACGGACCGCUGCGCGGUGCCGGCAACGGACAGACUGGUGGUGGUGGUGGUGGUGGCGGUGGCAACUACGGCCGUCGCUAAAGCAGGUGUCGCCAGCCGCCAGUGCAGAAACAACAGAAACACCAACAACAACAAAAACAACCCAACGUUAAGAACAUCGACUUCUUCCACAAUGCAAUCAAUUAAAUACAUUCAGCAUCGCCUGCAUCCACACACACACUCACAAACCCACACACAGGCAUACACACAACAAAGUCAAUCAGACACCCUGUAGUCGGAUCAAGAAAAAGUAAAAAUGCAAGAGGAGCAACAACAGAACAGCUUGCUUCAGGCGUAUGCGUAUAGCUGCACAAAUCAAAUGACACAAGCUUCGGGGCCUUAGUCCUUAACCUUAGUUCAAUUGGGUCUGAGCCCGCUUAUCAGCCAGUUCGUGCCAAAAGAAAACCAAAAUUUAUGUGCAAAUCUUUGUUGUGAAUCGAAAAAACCAGAAAGGCCCCCAUCUUUUCACCGCACUCAAUGUGUAUUAUGUUUAAGUCUCGGUCAUGAAGCCCACACCACAAUCAUACUCAAUCACCCACACACACGAAACAAACACAAACACACAUGCACACAACACACAUACAAACACAUAUUAGCAUAAAUUUAAUUCUUAAUUUGAGCUCUCGUUCGGCUAAUCAUCUUCGAAAUGUAACCCAAAAAACAACCGAAGUUUGCAUGCAAAUUGGCAAAUCAGAAAGGAUGUGGGGAGAAAUGCAAAUCUUUUUCGUUUGUUUGUCAUUAAAUACCACAUUUACUUAAGCUAAAUGAAGAGGAAAUAAAGAAAAACUUAAAGAAACUUAGCUAAAGAUAACAAGAAAAUACAAAAACAAACAAAAAAAUGAAAAACAUUUGUAAAAUGCAAUAAAAAAGAGCAAAAGAAAGACUUGAAAAAAUUAAUCUAAAAAUGAAACAAAUGAAAUGAAAACAACAAAAAAAAAAUGUAAAGAAGCAAUAAGACCAGCAGAAAGAACAGAGAAACAGGAAGCAGGAAAUCCAUUUAGUGCAGAUACGAAACGAAGAAGAGAGAUGCUGCGCCCAUAGUCCGCCGCAUUCUAGAGAGCCUGCUACAUUUUGCUACUUAAAUUUAGUUUGCCACACUUUAAAGCGAUUAACUAGCCAGUCUGUAGAGGGAUUGAAUGGAACAAAUGUGGAGCGUGUGACGGCCGAUGCGGUGCCGGCGCCGCAGCAUGGGCGUGGCAGAGGCAGUGGCAGUGUUCGUGAUCAACGAUGGACUGCGUCGGUUUUCGUUUAACUGUUUGCUAUUUCUGUUGUUCUGCAACGAGUUCAGUUCAAGAUCGUAAACCAAACUAAGUCAAGCAGCAACUUAACGAUUUGGUGUUUCCAACGCAGUUGUGAACUAAAAUUUAGUACAUAUUUUUUAAAUAAAAUCAAGAAAGCCCAAAAAAAGGAGAAACGAAUACAAACAAAACCUAUUGAUAGUCUUGAUAGACAUAUAGACAGACGAACACACAAGCUACUAACAUUUUUCUCAAGGCAAAAAAGCAAACAUGUAACAAAAAGUAUAUACAAAACAUAUAUGUAACAAAUCAUAUAAUUUAAUGUUAACUUUUAGACUUACAAGAAAUCUAAAUAUACAUAAAAAAUAUAUAUAUUUAUAUAACUGCAGCCACAAACGGUGGAAGAGCCACAGGAAGAGUGGACAGUGGAGGAGUGGAGAAACUAAAGCCUUUCCGAAUUGUAUGAGAACCUUUCGCGUUUCGCCGCAGGCGUCUGAAUAUUUCAUUAGGUUAUUCUUGAUUUGUUAAAGUUAAAAUUCUCGAUUCGUUGAGAACAUAUCAUUUUAUUUGUUGUGCGGAAACAUGCCCAGACACUCGCUCUGGAGCUCUAAAUACUAUUUUCCACCAUUAUUUCUAGUAAUAGUAACCCCCACACACGCACGUUUGCCAGACAAACAGACAGACAGCCAGUCAGACAGCACUUGUAGCACUGUGUUGUAAGGGUCUAAAGCAAUUUUAGUACAUUUUCCGUAAGAAGAAAAUGUUAGUGUUCAAAUGUUAGCUCAACGACCAGUGCUACUAAAAAGUGCUUCCCACAACACAGCAACACAGUUUAGACAUUUGCAGACACCGAUCAGAGGUACUAAUAAAUGAAAUGAACGAAUAAAUGUAUCUUAAGAGUUAUACGAAUUAAAGAAGAAUACGAACCAACGGAGGUAACCAUGCUCAUUUCUAAUUAAUCGGAGAUAACACAUAGAGGAUGUAGAGGAACACACUUAAUUAUAAUUUAAUUUAUAUGUACACACAUUACAAAUACAAAUAAUUAUAAUAAUAAUAAUAAUAAUAAUAAAAGAAGACAGAUUCACGUGUUUACCAGAAAA